CAAUUUGUUAGUGUGAAGUGACGAGGAAAACACAUAUCUUGCGUUGUAUAUAAAUAUAGCAGAUUUGGAGCUAAUGCCAUAAUACACGGAUCGAAGUUACAAUGGCAACCACUAAGGUACUCUUCUUCGUCGUUAUAGCGACGGCGGUGAUCGCUGUGACGCACGCGCAGAGAGGAGGAUUCGGCGGAGGUGGCUUUGGUGGUGGCAAUGGCGGCUUUGGUGGCGGGUUUGGCGGUCGACGACCUGGACAAGGAGGAUUCGGGCAACAGGGAGGCUUCGGCCCAGGCGGCUUCGGUCAACAAGGCGGUUUCGGCCAAGGUGGCUUCGGUCAAGGCGGUUUUGGGCGCGGACAACGCGGCUUCGGCGGUCAACAAGGCGGUUAUGGGCAAGGCGGUUAUGGGCAAGGUGGUUAUGGGCAAGGCGGUUUCGGCCAAGGCGGCUUUGGCCAAGGUGGUUUCGGCGGAAAUGGCGGCUUCUUUAGAGGAUAAACUCUAAACAACGAACUGAUUUGACUGUAUACAACUAUAAUGGAUAUAAUUCCCCGUAAAUUUUCCAGUACAUAUAUUGCGCAGAUUGAUAACGUACAAAUGAAUAGCAUACCAAUCCCCACCCAUCUAGUCACCCUUAACUAUAAAGGUAUGUAGUUAUCCAAUAUUAUAUUGUUAUACUUACCAAGUUCUAUAUUUGAAAAUUAUACAAUUUGUUAAGAAAUUGAGAUUUUUAUUGUCAUCAUGAUAGCCAUAAUUAUGCAUAUACUGAUUGCUAUUAUUGUCUUACACAUUCUAUUAUGUUUAUGACGCAAAUACCUCCCAUCCAGUGUCAACGGAGAGUGGGUAGUAACAAAAAAUAUAUACUUUGUAGCUAAAGUCUAUACUUGUAGUUCAUUAGACCGUACUCAUUUUUAUGAUCUGUUCUAUGAGCUUUCCGUUACUCCAAACGAAACGAUACAUUUUGUCGUGAGUUUACUAGGUAAAUCUUUUGUUAAUGGAUCCUUUUUUUUGUUGCCAUAACAAACAUUAUAGAGUUUCAAACCCACUAUACAAUAACAUUUAUAAUUUAACGAUCUAAUGUGAUAUCGAGUUGAUAGACAACAUAAGUACAUAAAGUUAUAUAGUACCGGGUAGAAUCUUGUUUAUAAUAGGUACUAUUUAUAGUCCAUUAUCAAAUCCAAGGCCACAGAGCUGCAGGAAUGCAAAAUUUUACAAAAAAUAAUAAAAAUAUGAACUACUAAAGUGCCUCUGCUACUUAUGUCCGACCCAUCCGGUUCUAGGCACUCAGCGAAAAUAUUCCACGCAGAUUUAGGAAUACUACCACAGGUUCCAAACGAUAUAAAUACCAUAACUUAAGAAGAAAAAAGAUAUCACAUUUUAAAUGUCAUGAAAUGGAAUCCCUUUUAAUUAUGACAGAAUUUAUGCUCUGGUUUAAGGGCCCAGUCUCCGGUUGCAGACUUCAGAAUUUGAAUAUUUUCACCCCUCUCGGGCACCCCCGUUGAUGUCAUUAUACCUGUAAUUGCUCUACUUUACAACUCCAAAUAUUCGGUAAUGGAAGAAGCAAAGGGUCUGGAAUUCGCAACGACUCAAUUUUACGAAGAUUGCAGCCUUAAUUUUUUGCGGACGACAUUUCCAGACACAAUAGUUAAACAAUGGGGUAUGGAUUUUAAAAGGAAAUUCAGCUUUACGACUUUAAGUUAAAAAAAAGUGAGUAAGUAACGGUUAUCGAGACACAACCCUAGUUGCCAACCAACAGCCAUGCCAUCUCGAUCAAAUACAUAAUUGAUGUUAAAGUAAUACAUGUAAUAUGUGUACAUUUAUAAUAUAACAUAUUAACGCUUAUAUAAAGACAGACGAGGAAGGUUUACAGAAGUCGCAAUAGUGUGUCUAUAUUCGCAACAUGGGUCUCUCUAAGGUAUUUGUGUUCGCCUUGAUAGUGGCGAUGAUUGCCGCUACGUUCGCGGAUGUCAGCCAUUUGGGCGAAUCGUCUCGCGGAGGACUGGGCGGUCGGCAGAGUGGUAGUAGCUCAGGCGGUCUAGGCGGAGGCCUCUCCCGGGGAGACCGUGGCUUUGAACGCGGAGGCUCCAGUGGCGGCGUCACUGGAAACCGACGGGGCGAUUCUAGGCAACCAGGAAGCAGCGGCGGAGUCAGAAAAUACUAACGACACUCUGGUUAUUCAGCAAACCCUGCUUAAAUAUUUGUCUUGAUUACUUGUUUUGGCAAUAAAAUGUAUAAUUUCUAAUAA